GUGCCGGGUACCUGAUUAGGAAUGCAUAUGCUCCCUUUCUUUCGCUGUUGAUACUACAAUUCGAUUUGACUGACUAUCCAGGAUGAAAGCCCGCUUCUCUAUAACUGAAACAACAACGAAGCUAAAUAUUAUUAGCAAGCAGCAAUAUUCCAUUGGAUACGCACUUAAACGUACAAGAUUGUCAUGAAAUCCAUCUCAAAAUUAUCCUAUCGCUGUGUGACAAUACGGAAUCAAGGGAGCAGCCCAGCGGAUGAAAGAGAGGAAAAACGUUGCAAACUUAAUGACGCUAGAGUCUCGCAAUUUCCUAAGGCUUAACACUUCUGUGGAAAUGGUAUACGCGUGCUUUUGAGGACUGGUCUUGGAGGUUUAAUAAUGACCCCGCUUCAGACAUAUUUCGGCAACGAAAUCUGGUGGACAGAUAAUUGAUCGCGCGUUGGAAGCUCUCAGCAUUGAGUCAUUUGACAAAUGCAUAUUUGAUUCUGGGUGGAGUGAGAGGAGGCGUCAUUCCUUACAUUUGAGCUCAGGGGAAGAUACUUCUAUUGUCUUCGCUACGUGUUGUUCUUUUGGGAUUUUUUUGUAGGUACCCACUGAGGCGCGUGGUACGGAAUGAACAUUUUUUUUUCUAAAAGACGCAGCAACUGAUCAGACACUAAGCCGAGAUGAAGUUCGCCUGAGCGGUGAGGAUAACACGUCGCAACCCUGGAUCUAAGUACAAAACAAUUCCUCUCGAGUGUAUGUGAUUGCUUUAAAGCAUGUACAAUACUGCUAUCAUAUAAUGUGAACUUUUUGAUAUCGCUUUGUUUUCUCCUCAUCCCGCGAUUAUCCGUUUGGUAUUAUUGGUAUUCCUGUGAUCAUUAGUGCCAUUAAGUUAACGGCCGUGGCACUAUGUUGUCAGUGUAGCGUGGGACUCAAUGAAUCGCAUUUCCGACUGUGGAAUAUCCUUGCAUCUUGAGCUUCUUACAGCACGCAUUCUACCAUCACUGUGUUCUCAUCAGCUGUUUUUCUUCAGUCAUCCACGGGGCUGAGCCUUCUGAAUGGUCCUCUGAGCAACAAGCUACGUCGAACGUUGUGAUGUUGGGCAGCGGUACGCACAGUUUGGGCGAAUAACGCAUUAUUCCAUCACAUAAUAGGGGAAUUUUUUUGCCUGGCCUUUUUCUUAAAUGAGUGGAAUGGGCUUAAUUUCAGUGACUUCGUACCCCGUCGGUUUAUAAGUAUUUUCAAGAAGUGCCUUGUGUCUGUCUUUUCUUAAUCGAAGUCUGUGACUGUGGAGAGGAGAUCAUGGCCACGCACGGUCUCGGUAUAGAACUAAAGCCCUACGUUGCAUGGAGGGUGUUUUGGGUGAUGAAGGCGUUUGUGGAGUUGACACUGUCGCAGGAAAUUUAUGCACCCCAUUCUAUUAGAAUUGAAGGGGAUGUGACCUUGGGUGGCCUUUUCCCAGUGCAUGCCCGAGGAGUCCCAGGGGUUCCUUGCGGGGAUAUCAAAAAGGAGAACGGAAUCCACAGGCUGGAAGCAAUGAUGUACGCUUUGGACCAAAUUAACAGUGAUGACGAUAUUUUGCCCAAUAUCACCUUAGGUGCACGAGUGUUAGAUACGUGUUCACGGGACACUUAUGCAUUGGAGCAGUCUCUUACGUUCGUACAGGCUCUUAUACAAAAAGAUACUUCGGAUGUCAGGUGUACCAACGGAGAACCUCCGGUGUUUGUCAAGCCCGAGAAAGUUAUUGGGGUCAUUGGAGCAUCGGCGAGUUCCGUAUCCAUCAUGGUAGCGAACAUUUUGCGCCUCUUCCAGAUCCCUCAGAUCAGCUAUGCCUCCACAGCCCCGGAGCUUAGCGAUGACCGGCGAUAUGACUUCUUCUCCCGAGUGGUGCCACCUGACUCCUUCCAGGCCCAGGCCAUGGUUGACAUCGUGAAGGCUAUGGGCUGGAACUACGUGUCAACUGUAGCAUCGGAGGGAAGUUAUGGAGAGAAGGGUGUGGAGGCUUUCACACAGAUCUCCAGAGAAGCAGGUGGGAUUUGCAUUGCUCAGUCCUUGAAAAUCCCACACGACCACAAGCAGGCCGAUUUUGACAAGAUUAUCCGACACCUACUCGACACUCGUCAUGCCCGGGCGGUCAUCAUCUUUGCCAACGAUGAAGAUAUUCGGGGGAUUCUUAAUGCCAGCAAAAGAGCCAAUCAGGUGGGUCAUUUCCUGUGGAUUGGUUCAGACAGCUGGGGAGCCAAAAACAGUCCUAUUCACCAGCUGGAAGACGCAGCUGUGGGAGCAGUGACCAUCCUGCCCAAAAGAGCCACCAUAGAGGGGUUUGAUGCCUACUUCACCUCCCGCACCUUGGAGAACAAUCGCCGGAAUGUGUGGUUUGCAGAGUACUGGGAGGAGAACUUCAACUGCAAGCUGAUGAGUUCUUCCAAGAAGGACGACAGCAGCCGCAAGUGCACAGGCCAAGAGCGAAUUGGAAUCGAUUCCAAAUACGAGCAGGAGGGAAAGGUGCAGUUUGUGAUCGACGCCGUGUACGCCAUGGCUCACGCGCUGCACAACAUGCAGAAGGACCUGUGCCCGGACUACUCUGGAAUCUGCCCAGAGAUGGAUCUCGCCGGGGGCAAGAAGCUGCUCAAAUACAUCCGCAGUGUCAGCUUCAACGGCAGUGCAGGCACAUCUGUGACAUUCAACAAGAAUGGCGAUGCUCCAGGACGCUACGACCUGUUCCAGUACCAAAUGAACAAUAACACCGGCCUGGGAUACAAAGUGAUUGGUCAGUGGAUGGACACCCUACAGCUAAAUAUAGAGGACAUGCAAUGGCCAAACGGUGAACAGGAGAUCCCAAGCUCAGUCUGCAGCCUGCCCUGCAAGGCAGGAGAAAGGAAGAAGAUGGUGAAGGGCAUGCCCUGUUGCUGGCAAUGUGAACCAUGCGACGGAUACCAGUACCAGUAUGAUGAAACCUCCUGCAAGAUGUGCUCCUACAACAUGCGCCCCAACCCCAACAGAACUGCCUGCCAGCCCAUCCCUAUCGUCAAGCUGGAGUGGCACUCGCCCUGGGCCGUCAUUCCGGUUUUUCUGGCUAUGCUGGGCAUCAUCGCCACCAUUUUUGUCAUGGCUACCUUCAUCCGCUACAAUGACACGCCCAUCGUGAGGGCCUCAGGCCGGGAACUGAGCUACGUGCUGCUGACCGGGAUCUUCCUCUGCUACAUCAUCACUUUCCUCAUGAUCGCCAAGCCCGAUGUGGCCAUCUGUUCCUUCCGGCGCAUCUUCCUGGGGCUGGGCAUGUGCAUUAGCUACGCGGCCCUCCUCACAAAGACUAACCGCAUAUACCGCAUCUUCGAGCAGGGUAAGAAGUCAGUCACAGCCCCGAGGCUCAUCAGCCCCACCUCUCAGCUGGCCAUCACCUCCAGUCUCAUCUCUGUCCAGCUCCUCGGGGUCUUCAUAUGGUUCGGGGUGGAUCCCCCCAAUAUCAUCAUCGACUACGACGAGCAGAAGACCAUCAACCCCGACCAGGCCCGAGGAGUGCUAAAGUGCGACAUCUCGGAUCUACAAAUUAUUUGUUCGCUGGGAUACAGUAUCCUGCUCAUGGUGACUUGUACAGUUUACGCCAUCAAGACCAGGGGCGUUCCGGAGAACUUCAACGAGGCCAAGCCCAUUGGCUUCACCAUGUACACCACCUGUAUCGUGUGGCUCGCCUUCAUCCCCAUAUUUUUCGGCACGGCUCAGUCUGCGGAGAAGUUGUACAUCCAGACCACUACCCUCACCAUCUCCAUGAACCUCAGCGCUUCUGUGGCACUGGGAAUGCUCUACAUGCCCAAGGUGUACGUCAUCAUCUUCCAUCCAGAGCUCAACGUGCAGAAGAGGAAGCGCAGCUUCAAGGCUGUGGUGACUGCGGCCACCAUGUCCUCGCGGCUCUCCCACAAGCCCAGCGACCGGCCCAAUGGCGAGGCUAAGACAGAGCUCUGCGAAAAUGUGGAUCCCAACAGUCCAGCUGCAAAGAAAAAGUAUGUGAGCUACAACGACCUGGUGAUCUAAAAGGGCUCCAUCACCGGACGGAAGUGAUCGAUGAGGAAGCUUGGUCUCCUGCCCCUUUGGCAAAAAGAGGAAAAAGGUCAUUAGUGUCCCUGCUCUGUACUGCCUGCUUACCCCUUUCACAAGGGUGGGCUCCUGAGUUUUUUCUGUUAUCAGAAGAUAUCGACAGAUGUUUCCACACAGUUAAGGCAAAGAACACUAAAGAUACUCAAUCUGAAAAAAAAGAAUAAAAUGACGAAACCAUCUAAAAUUGCCAUUCGUUGUUAAAUAAAAAAAGAGAGUGGGAUGCUGCCAUGGGACACUAGCCCAGGCCUGUUAGUUUACAGACAUGCCCUGACUCCUCAGGGUUGCCCCAGGGUGAGCCCUUUGUGCUGAAAAUCUCACUGGACAGUCUCUUCACCAAUGGCGUGAUUCUAGAGGUGCGAUGCAGCA